CCAAAUAAGGGAAUCUGUCCGCGGCCGGCGCAUUGUCACCACCGGCGGAGCACGAGGUUUUCAUUGAUAGUGCGAGUUAGCGUUCGUACUCGCUAAGUUUUCAUUCGGUAGUGCUCAGAGCAGAAUUUGCGACUACUCCACGCAUUUCUACAAACCUCAGCCACGAUCAUGUCGUUCCGUGGCGCUUCUUCGUCAGCUCUUUCGCAGAUGCUGAAAGAAGGUUCUCGACACUUCCAGGGCGUGGAUGAAGCUCUCUUUCGAAGCAUUGAGGCCUGCGUCGAGCUUGCUCGAAGCGUCGCGUCGGCCUAUGGACCAAACGGAUUGAACAAAAUGGUAAUCAACCACUUGGAAAAACUCUCUGUGACCAGCGAUGCUGCCACCAUUCUCAAUCAGCUCGAGGUGCAACACCCCGCCGCCAAGCUGCUCGUCAUGGCGUCUCAGAUGCAAGAAGCCGAGGUGGGUGACGGAACAAAUGCGGUAGUUUUGUUUGCCGGCGCGUUAUUGGAAAAUGCCGAAGAGCUUGUUCGAAGUGGUCUCACGCCCGUGCAAGUGGCUGAGGGCUAUCAGCUCGCGCUGAAAAAGGCUCUUGAUCUUCUCCCCCAAUUGAAAGUCGAUGAAGUGCAGGACAUGCACAAGCCGGAUCAAGCUAUCAAGGCGGUUCGCACUGCUAUGUCAAGCAAGCCUUUGGCCGGCGCUGAUUAUUUGGCCAAGCUGGUGGCUGAGGCAUGCCAGGCAGUGCUUCCGGAAUCCGGUGCUCUCAACGUGGACAAUGUUCGCGUCUGCAAAAUACUCGGCUCGGGUCUCGACCAGUCUCAGGUAGUCCUCGGCAUGGUUUUCAAGCGGCAGGUCGAAGGCGACAUCACCAAAGCCCGCGACGCAAAGAUCGCAGUCUACACAUGCGCCGUAGACACACUGCAGACGGAGACGAAAGGUACGGUGCUGAUCCAGUCGGCGCAGGAGCUGAAGAACUUCUCGCGGGGCGAAGAGAACAUGCUUGAGGCGCAGAUCAAGGCCAUCGCCGACGCCGGCGUCAAGGUGGUGGUCAGUGGCGGCAAGGUGGGUGACAUGGCGCUCCACUACCUCAAUAAGUACGGACUGAUGGCGGUGAGGUUGCUUUCGAAGUUCGACGUGCGCCGUGUGUGCCGCGUCGUGGGCGCCACCGCGCUGCCCAAGCUUGCCGCACCGCGCCCCGAAGACCUUGGCCUAUGUGACUCCGUCUACCUGGACGAGCUGGGCGACACGCCAGUGGUGGUGUUCCGGCAGGAGGGCCGCCAGUCCCGCGUGGCCACCGUGCUGCUGCGCGGCUCUACCGACAGCCUGCUGGACGACGCUGAGCGCGCAGUGGACGACGGCGUGAACGCCUUCAAAGCGGCCACUAAGGACGGCCGCCUGGUGCCCGGUGCAGGCGCCGUCGAGGCAGAGCUGGCCCGGCUCCUGGCCACUUGGGCAGACACCCUGCCCGGCCUCGAGCAAUACGCGGCCCACAAGUUCGCCCAGGCGCUCGAGUCUCUCGUCAGGACUCUGGCGCAGAACUCGGGAGCCUCCAAGCCCGAAGAGCUCUUGGCCCAGAUCCAAGCAGCCCACAACCAGGGGGAUCCCAAUGCCUGCCUCAAGGAUGAGGGCCUGGGGGAUGCUGUGAAGAAUGGCCUCUUGGACCUUCUGAUCACGAAGCACUGGAGCCUCCAGUAUGCGACCAAUGCUGCUUCUACAGUUCUCCAUGUUGAUCAAAUCAUCAUGGCUAAGCCAGCUGGAGGGCCCAAGGGAAAGCCUGAAAGAGGGGACUGGGAUGAUGAUAAGUAAUCGGCAACCAAAUAAAAAACCUGACCUGCCUUUGUAAA